AUGAAAAACCAUUUAAUAAGUAUAAUAUUUCUUUUAAAUAUUAUUCAUAUAGCAAAUGUAUGUAACAUAAAAAUAGCAACAAUAGAUUGUAAAAAGUUGGAAAUAUAUAACAAAAAUUCUUAUAAGAAUCAUUGGAAAUAUAAAAAUAGAAAAUUUUUUUUAAAAAUAAAAAAUUCUUUAUCAAUUAAAAAAUUAAAGACAAGUAGAAGCUUUUAUUAUCUCAUAAAAAUAAAAAGCUGGAAAGAAAAUUUUAAAAAUUUAUUACAUAGAUAUGGAUUUUAUGAUAAUCAAAAUAUUCAUCCUUUAAAAAAUUGCUUAUGGGAAAUAACUACAUAUAAUUUUUUUUUACAAAAACAAAAAUCCUUUUUUAUUCAUAUUUUAGAAAAUGGAAAAGUAAAAAUAUCAGAAAAUUUAGUUGGAGAAUGGAACUAUAACAAUUAUUACAUUACUUGGUAUAUUGAAUAUAAAAAUAAAAAAGUCUAUUAUACUGCUGAGCUAUUGUGGAAUUAUGAAAAAAGUAGAAUGAUCAAAGGAAUAAUUUAUGAAGAAAAAAAAAAAAAAAAUUCUUUUUUACCAUCAAGUUUAUUUAGAAAAAUUGUAGGAUCUUUUGAAGGAAGAAUAAACAAUUAA